AACAUAACACAGGUGUACCAUGAGAGGGUUAACACCCACGCCUCCAGCUGUGAGUUUGACUACGGUCGCCACGGGGUUAAAGAUAUCUCCAAAGAGCUCCAGGGACUCCAGGAGCACCCGGCUGUCAGGCUACGCUUCACCAAGUGUUUCAGGUGGAAUUCUAGAUAUUCAAUUACAAAGCAUUGUUGAAAAUUCAGAAAAACAUUAUUUUUUUAGAGUUGAGUUUCCCCCUUAGUCUGCUUUGUGCUGUUGGAAAAGCGCUAUAAAAACCAAUCCGUCAAUGAAUCAAUUGUUCCUCUGUUUCAGUUUCGCCAGCGCCCGUGCAGAGGCGGCAUACCUCACCCAGCGAGCACGCUUCUUCGGAGACAACGAGGGUCUGGACGAUUACAUGGAAGCGCGGGAGGGGAUGCACCUAAAGAACGUUGAUUUCCGGGAGCAUAUCCUAGCCUUCCCGGACCCCACCCGGCAACCGUGGUAUUCCCGACCCCGGGUCUUCUGGCUAGCCUCAGCGUUCCUCCUCUCCUGGCCGCUCCGGGUCGUGUCUGAGUACCGCACGGCGUACGUACACUACCACGUGGAGAAACUGUUCGGAGAGGAGACGAUCCGUGAGGACGGAGGAGGGGAUGGAGUGACGGAGAACGGAGGAACGACGGGAGCAGAGAGGAGUGUCAACGGAGGGUCGAGCUACAGAGCCAUAUCGCGGGUGAACACCGUGGACAUGACGGAGCUGGAGUGGCAUAUUCGCUGUAAUCAGCAAAUGGUUCCUUCAUAUUCCGAAGCUCUUCUCAUGGACUUGGAGAGAGAGAGUAAUGGAGGAGGAACUAACACCACCACCUCCUCCACACCCGGAGCUCCAGGCUCAGACCCCAUCCAGGGGGGCAUCCCAGCCGGUAUGGCCCACCCAGUGGCCUUCUCCACGGCUUACCUCCUCCAGAGCUGCCCCCGGUGCCGGAGAACCACCUCCAGCUCCAGCCUACCGUCCAGGCUAAGGGCCCCGACGGGGAAUCAAGCUCUGCUGAAUGGCACCGUGGCUGGGAUGAGGGCGAACGGCGUAGGGAGUGGUGGGGGAGGGCAGGGGGGAGGAGGGGGGAGGAGGAGGAGGAGGGGGGAGGUUAGUGUUGAGUCGUAGUGGGUUCUCUCUAGGGAGACUAGGGGGAACACGGCCGAGACCGGCGAGUCUGUUUCACUCUCGUAGUAUGGGGGGAGGACUGGGAGGAGGACGGGGGGAAGAUGGGGGAGGAGGAGGGUUUCUGGGGAUAGGGUCCCGGCAGGGUCAGGAUGAUGAGGAGAGUAGAGGAGUGCUGGAAGGAGAGGGGGAUGAAGGAGAAGAGGAGGAGGAGGAGGAGGAGGGAGAGAGGGAUGAGGAAGCAGAGCAGGAGGGAGGAGGAGAGGUGGAUGAGGGGAUGAGGCAGGGAGAGAGGGAUAGACCUCCGUCUUAUCACGAUGCCUUUUUCUUCCCGGUGUUGAUCGUACACGGAGAGGAGAGCUGCCACGGUGGAGAUGACGUGAUGGACACAAUAGUAAACUAA